UCUUCAUCCUCCCACUUCUCGCAACAAGGCAACGACGAAGACCUGGAUCAGGCUAUCGCACUUCACAGGGAAGCACUGGCUUUGCGCCCGGUUGGUCACCCAGAUCGGUCCAUGUCAUUAAAUAACCUUGCCGGUCAACUCUCCUUCUGCUUCUCGCACCGAGGCAAUGACGAAGACUUGUAUCAGGCCAUCGCACUUCAGAGGGAAGCACUGGCUGUGCACCCAGUUGGUCACACAGAUUGGUCCUCAUCAUUAAAUGACCUUGGGAAUCAACUCUCCUCCCACUUUCAGCACCGAGGCAAUAGAGAAGACCUUGACGAGUCACGAGAGAACAUAAGCUCUUUGCUCCCAGUCAGUCACACACAUUGGUCCAUGUCAUUGACUAACCUUACGACUCAACUCUCCACCCGCUUUCGCCACCGAGGCAACGAUGAAGACUUAGAUGAGGCUAUUGCACUUCAUAUGGAAGCGCUGGCUUUGCGCCUGGUCAGUCACACAGAUCGGCCGUUGUCACUCGCGACUCGACUCUCCACCCGCUUUCACCACUGA